AAUUGCGAACUGACUAUUGAUACGAUUGAUACAAUAACUUAUGAACCAAUUACUAGUAAAAGUGGCCAAGUUAAAAGUGGCCAAGUUAUAAUCAAAAGUAUAGUCAGUAUGAAGAUUAUAUUUUUAAUAGUUAAUUUUACAAUUUAAUCAUUUUGUGAUUGUGGUCUUGAAGGUAUAAGAUCAAGAAUUUACAAUGGAAAGGUUACUCAGACACACAAGUUUCCUUGGAUUGCUCAUAUAAGAUUCACACGACCAAAAAGCACAUCUUAUUCACAAUGCGGUGGGACUUUGGUUGACAACCAACACAUUGUUACUGCAGCUCAUUGCUUAUUUGAUUCAAAUGGAAACCUCAAUCAACCUGCGAACGUCCAAGUUUAUCUAGGAAUUUUGGACAAGAAUCGAGAUUACAAGACAGCUUUGGGUGUUGAGGAAUACAUUUAUGAUGUUCGUUAUGCAUCUUCUUCACCAAUGGACUAUGAUAUUGCCAUUUUACGCUUAAAAGAACCAGUUGAAUUUUCUGAAACCGUUUAUCCAAUUUGCAUUCCAUCUUCGGACGAUCAAAUUUAUCGAAGAUUAACUGUUGCUGGUUGGGGUAAUGUUGAUUCAUCUGGAACUGGAAGUGCAGUUUUAAGAGAAGUUGAUGUUGAUUUUAUUCAAAAAUCAACUUGUAAUGAAAUGAAAUAUAACUAUGUGAUCAAGAAGAACAAUUUACCAUCAUAUUUCCGAUUUAAUGUGCAGCCUGUCCAUGAGAAUCACAUUUGUGCUCUUAAUACACUAACCGGUGGUGAUGCUUGUUCAGGUGAUUCGGGUGGACCAUUAAUGUUCAAAGAUCCACAAAAUGGUCGAUGGUAUCUGAUUGGUGUUGUUUCUGGUGCUUGGGAUCUUUGUGGAGUUGAUUUGGGUGUUCCUGGUCUAUACACAUCUAUUUCACCCUAUCGAUCAACUAUUGUACAAUCAGCUAAUGGAGUUUGUGUAAGACCCUAUUAGUUGUUAAGAAAUGAAAACAAUUACCUUCAAAUGAUUGUUUAUCCAAUCAAAUUGUGAUCAUCAUUUUUAAAAUGCAUUAAAAUAUCUAUCCGUUUGUUAAAAGUAUUUUCAACAUACAAACACAAACA